CCAGGGAGAAAAAAAGAAUGAAAGAACCGGGCGAGUGGCGGGAAGCAGACGACACGAAGCGCCCAGGCUGACGCGUCUUGUCGCCAGAUGGCACCAACCGCGGAAUGAAGUGACGUCACGGUUUUGAUUCACGCCGCGAUUGGUUGUCCCAGCAGCGUUGUCAUGACAACCAGGUGAACGGGUGGAGGAAGCAAUCAUCCUUCUUCUCCGCGGUGCUUUUUUUUUUUUUUUAGCAAUAGCGUACGUGGUUCGUCUGCUUGCUAGCGCUUCUCUUUCCUUCUGCUCUCUAAGCUCUCCGCACCACGGCUUCUCGGCAGAGAGAUGGGCCAGGCAGGGGGGCUGGCAGCGCAGACGAUCGUUCAGUGCGCCAGCAGACGGCUUCGUUUCGUUUUGUCUGGAAGUUUCGUUUGCUUUUUUUUCCCUGUUUCUGUUCGGCAUCCGGCAAAGAAGGGGGUUUGAGACGUGGUGAUUCGUCGGUGUUUCAACUCGCGAGAGAUUUGUGCAAACGGUGUUCCGGACCAAGCGGCCCAACGCAACCGAGCGCGAAGUUAACCGCAGCGAAACCUUCAACGUACGGACGAAAGAGCGCCGCAAAUCGAAGACUGUCUCUCGCCGCCGCGUCGCAGCCUAGCAACCUUCUGCAAAUUUGCAACGACGUUCUGUGCAAAACUAGGGCGACGUCAGAGGACUCAUCUGAGCCAAAAGGAUCUGUCCGAAACCACAGACGAAGCCAAGGGACAUUAUUUUUUCCCGACUAACUGAGCACACCUUCCCUUCUUCAUCGACCAAGCUAGUGGCGUUGGUUUUCCGUUAGCAACUCAGGAAACCGAUUCAGUUGUAGCAACCGCGCAGGGGCCAUUGAGCAACGCUUUCUUUCCGUGUCGACAAUCGUACAUCGCGAAAAAGCCAUCGGUUUGCUCAUUCCGCAAUUAGUGGGCCAUACAAGACCUCGAGCGAGCGAAUGCUGCCAUCUUCGAGAUAAGAACCUCAUCAGAAGCCUGAAAACAAUCAACGCUCACGCACCGCAGCCGCACUAGGCUCCUAGACAAGUACAAAGAGAUAAGAUAAUCGCCGAAAGCUCAAGAAGCAUGCAGUGAAGACGUGACCACAGAACGUAGUGCUCUGGGUCCAACUAUACCAAAGGGAAGACUAGUUGCCUGACAAUUUAUCUUUACUCUUGCGUAACGCACUGUCAACAUUGGUAGAGCACUACUUGAAUUUUUCGCAGACCAGCUUUAUUAUCGCUGAUGACUCAGAUAAUCGUACAAGGCUUUGACGGUAGCGGUGAAGGCUUGACCACAUAACUUUGUGCCCUCGGUCCAACAGCACCAGAAGAGAGGCCAGUUACUUGAUUACUUGACUAAUCAUCCUCAAACUUGAUUAACGCACUAACUAGCGACCGUGUGCAGACCGCUAUUCUGCGCUAAAUAUCCUUACAUACAAAUGUAGGGGGACGAGUAGUAUUUCAGACAAGACAUUCCGUCUGGAACACAUCUUUCAUGAAGUACUGCCAGAGAUGGCUGGUUGUGCAGAUGUUUUACGCGUAAUGAUAUUAACAAUCACACAUUAGCGCCAAGCCACUUCAUAUUCCACUAUAGACCUCACUGUAAACGCACGCCAAUAUCACGAUCUCCUCUGUCAUAGGAAGACACAAAGCUUUGCUAGAACAAAAAGCAAUAACGAAAGCCAAAUUAAAUGUACUAACAAGACCUGCACUGCGUUUCUUUAUUCAUCGAGUAACGUUGAAAGGACGCUCAAAUUAUCACGGAUACUAAAAAACGUUAUUUCUUGGGACCACAAAUAGAACAUUCUGCGCCGUUAACUAAAACGAUGCAAUAUAUCCUACCUUUGGUGCAAAUAGGGCAGGCAGGAUCUUGCUCUGCUCAAGCAAAUCCACGUAUUUGAACUAGCCAGCAAUAUCGUAACUCUUUCACGCAACCUGAAACCCGUGAAGAAACCCCAAGAAAAGCACCACAGCAACAUUUUGUAACAAAAUUUUACACAGAAUCCAGGCUAGCAAUAGGUGACACUGAAGGCAGUCCUUCACAGCUUGCCAAGGUUAGUUAGUUGCAGCGAAUAUUUUGUAAAGCCUGGUGCAUCCAAAGCUUAGGUAAAGACCACGCAUCACGAGUAGCGAAUCGUGAAAUCAAUGUAGAAUACUCGAACUGGCAAUUCAGCCGCAAUCGACGUAGACUUGCAGAGUUGCACUCGACGCACCGCCCAACUUUCGUGGAUCAGCGUAGGACGUAGCGAGGCUACACAGUAGACCGCAGCUCUAGAUACCGGACACUAAGCGACUUGAUAAGGAUCGCUGAGGGACUGGUGCCAACGAUACCAUUGUCGACUGGCCUAAACUGAAUUUCGAAAAACGACCGUAAGGAGCGACAAACACGGAGCGCAUGCAGCCGAUCCUUGAAGCUAGGAAACGUAGUUUAUGUUGAAUCCACGCGAAAGUGUCAGGUCUAGUCUACGUUUGGAAAGUACUAGCGGUACUAGCGUUAAAACCCUGUCGUCCUAGAAAAAAAGAACUCGAGACUCACAAGGAGCAUUCAAAGCCAUACGUAGGAUGGUGAUCGAGAACGCAGGGGCGUAGAAUUUGACUAAAGAUCAGUUCUCAGGCAACGCGUCAAGUCACUGAGCCCAAAUCAAGACAACCAGCUGGUGAAACAACACAAACUUCAGCUAGCUGAAAAUUCAUAAAUCAAGAUAUUGCCCAAGAGUUGUUGAGAAAAGGAAGUCCUGGUGUCGUUUUAGAGUCUGGAACCAACAACGACAAUAGCAGUCGGAAGGUCAAGCGGAAAAACGGAUCGCUUGUCACUUUGCUCGACGCGCGCUCAAGUCGAAGCAUCAUAAACUGGAGGACAGACUUCGUUUAAUCGAAAAGUACUCGAGAAAUGCGCACGGACAGCUCUGCUGAUCAUUCAGUUGUAUUUUCUUGAGAAUAAGCAUUAGAUCACUGUGAUAAAAAAAUAUACUAAAGGUCCAUCGCGGAAGCCAUCUUCAUCAAACGAGCAAACGCACCACCAAACGGCAAGGAAACCCCAGCAUCCAAAACUGAUUGAAAAGAAGGAAAGUAAAAGAUGCCGGGAACCACGCGGCGAUAGCAGAUUCAUAAAACAACGGGUGUCAAACGUCCUGCGUCUUGUCGUUGCGGAUGGCUCAGAACCGCCGGAUCUCUUCCAAACGAUCGGACGCACCGACAGAAGGCGCGAAUAUCGUAAGUUAAGCUCAAACGGUGUGAAAAAAAAGAAAGAGUGACCGCGCAGGAGACGCCGUCGAAUGGCUCCUGUGCAACCGCGGCACGUCCAACGGGUCUCUCCGUCGUCGCCCAUAGACGUGCACUGCCACAACAUGACCAGACUCCUGCUGUCCCUGACGGCCAACCUGUCGUCGUCCUCCUCGUCGCCCUCCGCGAACCUGUCCCGGGGUCCCGAGGACGGCCUGUGGUCGGCGAACGGGUCCUCGACCCCGGGCACGGGGUCGCCCCCGAUCGACGACAGGGAGUCGGAGGCAAGCCAGCGCCAGGCGCUGCUCUACAUCGUGGUGGUGCUGUUCUUCUACUCCUUCGGCAUCGGCUUCAUGAUGAUACGCUACAUGCGACAGGAGGCCAAGGAACAGGAAGAGUGCAAGAUGUACCGCAGGUACAUCAACGCCGCCCACGAGCAGUACCUGAACGCAACGAACAGAGCCCGGCUAGCCAACAGGCUGGCUUUGCAGGCACUGAACACCGUCAAUGCCAUACCGCAGACAACCCACGUCGGCUCCAAGGUGACGUUCGUAUGACGACCGGCCAGGGCCUUCUUCUAGACGUUCUGGCGCAAAGGACAGGACCAGCUUCUGCGUUUCGCCUGUGGUACAACGAGCAGACGGCAUCGUGGACGGAUGUUCGCCUGCUGGACGAACGAGCAGACGGUGGCGCAGACGGCUCGCUUGUCUGCUGAAAUGCUGGACCAGCAGGCAAACGACAGUGCAUACAGGAAGACGACGAUGCCCAUUCGACAAGCCGAAAAAUCAUCGCAUGUUCGAGCGCCUAUGAACAAACAAGUGGAGUAGGUAGAAGAAGGUCUUGGCGGUUUUUGUACUAGCUAUAGACUGCAAAAACUUCGUGGGCUUGACAUGAAACCAAGAACAAUCCUCGACAUUUUCCUGUGCUUCAGCACUUCGUGGGUCAGUUGUUACGUUGCAUCAGGGCAUAUUUUGCUCCUAAAGACGCCAGUGGCAGGCUCAAUCGAGCGCAAGAACAGACAACGCCCAUUAUAAGGCAGCGGCAACUUCGACGAAACGUAGUUUGCUCCCCUUGAAGAUGUGCAGUGUGACGUCAGAAUCUGAUCCACGAGAACACAAAUCGGCACAGAAGACGACCGGCUGCUGAACCACUUCGCCCCAACACAAUUAGCGGGUAAAGUGAGAAGGUCACGCGCUUCGUCUGUCAGAUUUAGCAUUUACGUGCGGCUCUCAGAGACUAGCAAUGUGGCCAAACUUAUUCGUCUGUCGUCAAGCUUGUGCGCGACUUAACCGAACUCACGUGUGCGGUGACUUCCAGACGAUUGUGGACGCGCAUUACAGGAACUUCACGGACAGUCCGUCUGCAUGCGAUUCACGUCUGGCGAUCGGUGUUUGCACACUUAGUCUAAGCAGGGACUUGGCCUCAAGGAAACACACUGUGCAGACGGGUAUGUUCAUUACGUUACAGAUAACCUAGCGAGGCUAAUCUGCGAUGUAGAAGAGGUCGUCAGAGGGUUUUAAUUGCAAAGGCAAACCUGUGUACCAACGUUUUCAUUUUGCAUCUCCUGUUCAUCUGUUAGGAAAGGCAGUGGUAAUAUGUUAGUGACGUCACUAUAUUGUGGUGAAUACUGUGUUGCACCUGUUCAAGAGAUCUGUCUGCGAGUGGAUGUUCAGGAACCUUGUACCUACAUCGCUCGUGCGCUGGAGUGCAUUCUGUAUAAUUUUGUAUUUUGUCGACUUGUUAAAUACCUGGCGCUGUUUAUAGCACCCUCUAUAUAUACACGUCUUCCCCUUUCAACCCUUUUUCAACAACGUAGAUGUUACUUCAGGAGCUUGCGUUCGGCCCCGUUUUAGUCGACCGCGAAGCGCAAGUGUACGCGUGGAAAAUUUUUUACUCCUUAGUUUCAUUUUAAUGGGCUUUUCAUUCUUCCAAAAAGCACACAACCGCCUACUCAAGCUCGAAAAAUCCGAAGCUCACAGGGAUCUUUGGACAUUGAGACCACCGGCACUGAGACCACUCGCAUCAUUUAACAUGUCCUGUUACCAGAUGCAUGCUGCCUUUCCCCUUUUCCCAUUUAAGCAGCGGUCCCUGCAGUUCAUGGGAGUCGCACAGAGACAGCUUUCACAGCCCACACAACUCCGGCGUGUUUGGUAAGCUAAGGUUGUCUUAAAACGCAACAUUUUGCUUCGAACAGCAUUUCUAUAAUUUAUUGUACUCGAACGGGUGAGAAUAUAGCAUCAUCUAAAUGCCUUUCGAAAGGCCACAUGUCGUCAGCAUCCAGCGCUCGUCGCUUCUGUGACGAUGGCAGAUGUGACCAUAAUCUCGGGGGCAAUGAUGGCACGUCAUUUAGGGUUACAAGCGCCAACCGUAAUGAAACAGUAAUGAGUAUUACGGCGUUAAGCACAAAUUAAGGUACUUACCUUAGGCCGAGGUUACAUAUGGUUGCGUUCUUUCUAUCUGUACGCAUAUGGCUCUCCGGCGAACGUCUGUGAAAGUUCGAGACUUUUUUUUUUUUUUUUUUUUUGCCGCAUACGCCGAUUUGUAUCACGUGGUCUGGUAGCGUACACUGAGAACUUUAACCCCAAUGAUAUCAUUCCGUCGGACAGAUACUUCAAGUCUCACGUAUCGAAUUACAUCCCGCGCCAGCGCAGUUCCGAGCAAGCGAUCUUGUCGCGAACACCCUAUAGCGUUUGGUUGCGCUCGGCGUGAGUUUUGCAGACACACCGAGGUGCUGUAUGCGUGCCGGGCCGAAUAUUGAAAUAGAAGUGUAAAACUUCUACAGCCAUAAUCAUCCGCCAUAAAGCUGCGCAGUCGCACUUUAGUCGAUGUCGGUGCUCCCGCGUCAACGUUCGUAAAAUUCGAAACGCAUUCAAAUCAACGCAGUCGUCGCCGCAACUUGCAAGUCACGGUUCAAAUUUGUGUCGCCACUCACAAGGCCGGUAUACGCAAACGUCUGAGACAUCACCAGCUUUACGAAUUCAGCAAGACCCAAGUGAGCGCGGCAAUAUGGAAUAAACAUUAAGAGAGAAAAUAAGGGGAAUGGCUUUUUUUUUUCUGGAACCUACAAUGACACCCAAUCACAUUUUUUUAAUGUUUCACCGGCGAUAUUUUCCGACGAUAUGGGGAGCAAAGCACUCCCCAUUUCAACCCUUUUUGAACAACUUAGAUGUUACUUCAGUAAUGUAUUAAUACUAAAUAUAAUAAUAAUAAUAAAAAAGAAAGAAAAUAAUAUCUCAAGCGUUCUUUUUCGUAAGAGCUCACAGGGCGUCGCAUAUAUUUCGCCAUAUAUGCCAACUGUGCCGCAAAACAUUUUGCUUGAGAGCGGUCGACUGCUGCACACGCAUACGACAAUUUAAGCUGCACGCAUAGUGGUACGAUUUCGACCUAUACUUGUUUUUCUAGUGAAUCACUUGACACUACGAAGCAUACGCAGUCUGGGCUAGAAUACAGCGCGCAGCCAGUGUUACUGGCUCACCAAAGUGCUUUUUUUUCUUCUUUUUUAUUGACAAAGAGAGAAUACGUAGACGUGGGGACACUGUUGAACAGCCAGUCGAAAUUUUGUUCUUUUUCAUGCAAAAACGCAAGCAAGCAUAAACACGACCCCUUCGAGAAAGUGACACGCACACUGAAUAAUAAAAAAAAACAGUCGUUUACGCGAAAUCAAGGAAUCUUAACAGCGUGCUCAUUUAGAACAACGCAGAACUAGCUGUUCAGAUUGGGUAGCCAUUCGCGGUUCGGAAAAUGAGUGCACACAAAACACCGGCUCAAAAGUGGCAAAACGCGGACAACACAAGCGCCCACUGUGCUAAACUGAAAGCUAUCAACUCAGCUAGUGCUCGCUGGCACAACUUCGUAGUCUCAAACAGCGCGACAAAGUGCAUCAGAACGAAAAUAAGAGGGACUUAACACAGCGCUGAAUAACAACCAAGUGCUUCAUUUCCAGAAGCAGUAUAUAAUGUGGCUCGUGAUGCUGCCGUUAGUCAACGCGUGUGUUCGCAACAUUACCCGAAAAUGUCCGCUGGAUAUAUUUUACGAAACGCAGAACCAUAACACGCGCAUUCGUAAGGCCCGCAAGUCUAGCGACCAAGUUGACCGGCGAGUAUACGCAGAGAAACAUUGUGCGCACACAGUGUCCAUAGCGCAUAGAUCGCGUUGGUCCCAAAGCGCCGCCUAGCGGAUGUUAGCCAUAUUUGACAUGUAGUCCCGUUCAUCCAGCUAAUUCAUUCUCCCAAGAUGGGUCAUCGCAAUGCAUGGCAAGUGUCAAAAAAGGUUUUUUUUUCCUCCUCUUUAAAGAAGCCCUAAGCAUUUCCUAAGUAGGGACUUCAGCCGAGCGCCGUGGAACACCGAAAGAGCGUGAACGGAGCAACAGCGCUGAUGGCGACAUCUCGUGUCACAGUGUUCGGCCAGAAUACUUUAAAAAAAAAAAAAAAACAUAUCGCGUUAUCGUAUGUGUCGCGUAAUUCUUUUUCUUAAUGUGGCCAACGUUGUGUACAACACGCCUUCGAAGACGGUAACGUCGAUGCCGACAAAUCAACGUCAGCGAGUCGCAUCAUUACAGACUUUUAGCGUGUCCGCUAUUCCGGCAAAUCGGGGCGGUUUGGACGGAUUACCGGAUGGGCAGGGGCGUAAAUGUGAGCGGCCGGAGCGGUGCAGCCGCCUGGUGUUGUAGAGCUCAAUCAGACGAACACAGAGCUAAAAUUGCAAUAACCUACUUUAUUCUGCUUCGCUGCUGGUGCAAAUUUUCGGCAGCGGCGUAAUUGUGUUCACAAUUACGCCGCUGCCGAAAACUUACAGCUCAGCUAGGAAGAACAUAGUAAUUGGCUCUGUGUUUAGGUGGUUGAGCUUUGCACCACCAGAUGCCGCCACCAAUCUGGCCGCUCACGUUUACGCCCCCGACCAUACGGUAAUCCGCCCAAACCACCCCGGUUUGCCGGAAUAGCGGACACGCUAAAUGUCUCUAUUAAUCGCUGACGGCAACGCGAAUUUAACGAGGCUCGUAGAGUGUAACGUCGCCCACAGCGCGGCUGUUUUAGCCCCCGAAUUGCGUUACCGCGGUCUACGCCGUACUCGGAAAUAUUCUUGGAGGAAUCGCCAAGCCGAUGUGUCGCCCAACAAUCGAAGGAUUUGCUGUAGCAGUGUGGUCAUUGCAUAUCUUUUUUUUAUUUCAACUGCACGCUCUCUCUUCACACAUCGUUUCUCCUUCUCCACGUGUGAGAAAGGCUCACGCAAGCCACCGCGGAUAUUCUCAGCGAUCGUGUCCGAUAUAGAUAGGCCGGCAUAUUUUUGUCAGAGCCAACAGAGAUCACUAUAUACAUAUCAUGGCUCCCCAUAUAUGUAAAUAUAUAUAUGCGCACCAUAUUUGCGGGCAGAUGAAUAAACGAGUUGAAGCUGUUA